CAAUUUUGCCCAGGUUUCCUUCUCGCUCCAUUCGCACAAAGCACGGCCAGAGCUGCCAUGGAUGCAAGAGACGAAGCUCCAACGCCCUCCCCGCCACUGCUCCAGCCGACGCUAGCGCCCUCGUUCGUGUUCUCCGACACAGCUGUAGCCGCCAAUCUUCUUCUUCCCCUUUCUCCUGUCUGUAAAUCCACCGUCACCGCUUUGGAGCACCGUCGUAGUUGUCAUCUUCGGUGGAGCUUGUCAAUCUCUGCCGCUUCGGCGAAACUCUGUCGAUGUCUUUUUUGGUGGAGUCUGACAGAUCUUCUCAGAUCUGCAGAUGUAUACAUCCCGGUGGUUAGAUUCCAGAUCUUGGUGGCUAGGGUUGCUUGUUAGGGCCGUGUGGUGGCCUUGGACCUAGCUGCCGGUUGUUGGGAAACCAAUGAGCAAUAGUCAUGGGGGUGGAGCGGGGUGUGAUGGUGGUGACCGGAGUGGCAGAGGUGACUAGUGACCGGAUGUUCUGGUUGUGACUGUCAGUGGUGGUGGUUACCGCGGUGGUGACUGUCAGUGUAAGGGAUGGGUUGUGAAAUCAGAAAAGGCGUGUCACUAUGACCGGAAACGGACAGUCAUUGUGACCGGCGAGCAGUCACUGUGGCUGGUGGGCAGUCAGUGUGGUCGGCGGAGCAGACUGAGCAGUCACUAUGACCGGUGGGCAGUCACUGUGGCGACAGAGUCACUUUGACCGGAGUAACUUUGACCGGAGUCACUUGGCCGGAGUCACUGAGAUAAUGACUAGCGGCGGCGAUACAGCCGGCGGCGGUGAUACAGCCGGCGGCGGCGAUACAGCCGGCGGCGGCGAUACAGCCGGCGGCAUGACAAUUCCGACAACGAUUGUUGUGGUGGCGGCUGGGUGGUUGACAAUAAUUUAUUACUCUUAGUGGUAACUAAGUAUAUACAAAUACAAAAAUAAUAAUAAAUUUAAUAAUCGGUAUUUAAUAAAGGAUGUUUGGUCUGGGAGUCAUAGUUUUGGACGUUUUAAAACCUACUCACUUUAUAGGGAAUCCAUAUUAUAAUAGUAAUAUUGAUAUAAAAAGGCCAUUAAAAUACCUUCAAAGUGGG